CACCACCAGACAAACCAAGAGAGACAAAACAGAUGCCAUAAAUAAGCAAGCAAUGACACUGUCAAUCCCGUGAUAUCCAUUAUUAUAUCAGUCAGGGUAAAAAACAGGUGGUCUCUCAAUCAUACAUUCCCACCACAGCUGUCAGCUAAAACUUUUAGAUCUCCAUGGCUACUCUCUCCAAAUUCUCUGGUAUCUUAUCCAUUCUCAUUAUCUUCUUUGCCAAAUUGAAUCCCCUGUUAUCAGAAAAUUUGCCUACAACUAUUUCAGCUUCUCCGUCUGUUAUGCCCUAUGCGACUGCACCCAACAUGACCUCUUUUUUCCCAUCUCCUCGUGUCCAUCAACCUCCAGAAGCGGCAGCGGUAGCUCCAAGUGUAGGGGCACUUGUGCCGAUUUCAAGUUCAGGAGAGUUUAUUGGGAAGAGUUGUGCUGGUUCGCCUGAGGUUGAGAGCAGCAUUGCUAUAUUUGGUCUGCUGGUGGUGUAUUUGGUGUUUGGACAGUAGUUCUCGGGUCUUUGAGCACAUCAGAUGUAUUCAAUAACAGAGUGGGGAGUUUUUCCAUUCGCUUUUUUAUGUGGAGUUAUUUAGCACUCACUCCUUCCUUUCUUUAUAUAUGCUGAGAUAUGGUAAUCAUGAUUUCAAUAUUGAAGCCCCUUAUUUUGUCCA